AUGACGUGGGACCGGGUCUGGCGCGGAACACUUCUGAGGUGGAGGGUGAUCCCGGAUACCAUGAUUCCAUGCAGAGCCUUGGAGAAUGACACUGUAACCAUCAGAACCAGGAAGUUCAUGACUAACAGACUUUUUCAGCCAAAACAGAUUGUUAUAGAUGUUCUUUGUCCUGGAAAGGCCUCAGCGCUCAAGACCGAAAUACGAGAAAAACUGGCUAAGAUGUACGAGACGAGUCCAGACAUCAUUUUUGUCUUUGAAUUCAGAACCCAUUUGGGUGGUGGCAAAACAGCAGGCUUCAGCAUGAUUUAUGAUUCCCUUGACUAUGCAAAGAAAAAUGAAUCAAAGCACAGACUUGCAAAGCAUGGCCUGAAUGAGAAGAAAAAGACAUCAAGAAAACCCCAAAAGGAACACAAGAACAGAAUGAAGAAAGUCAGGGGUACUGCAAAGGCAAAUGUUGGUGCUGGCAAAAAGAAGGAAUAA